UGAUGAGUUCUAUCUGGUCAGGAUAUUGCCUCAUACCAAGGGAACCCAUACUCAAUGAGAUUCAUUAGUGAUUCCCCCAUGGGCCUUGUAGCAGUUAUCACAGACUGUUACUGGGAGGAGCUAACCAGUUCUGCGUUUGUACUCACAGUAGACAAUCGAGCAUCUCAGAUGUAAUGUAAUUAGCUUCCUUAAGAAAUGUGUUUUUAAUGUUCAAAGAUUGAGCCUAUCUGAAGUGAAAUCAUGGCAUUGGAGUCUUAAACUUCUAUCAACAGAAAGGAUUAGCGGUAGGAAAUUGAGGCAAGGCCUAAUUGGCCCCAACAGAAAUAAAAAUAUGUAAGAAUUAUCAAUGUGUAAUUCAUUCUGCUAAGUCAAUGGCAGAUGAUAAAGGUGGCAGAGUUUCCUGGUCUGCCCCAGAACCAUGUAGUAACUGGAGCACACCAGCCUCUCCACAUGAAAAAACUCCAUAAGCAGGCUAGGCAGUAACAAGAACUGCAGAUGCUCAAAGUCAGAGUUGAUACAGUGUGGAGCUGGAGGAACACAGCAGGUGAGGCAACAUCAGAGGAGUAAGAAAAUCGUCAUUUCGGGUCAGGACCCUUCUUCAGGACUGCCAUGUGCAAGAAUCAUCCUUAUUCUGAGGGACUACUAGACACACUCCUAUGUUUAAUGGGAAAUUGUGCAAACAAUUCACUGUGCCACAACAACGCAUGCUAUUGGAUUCAUAAUUCUCUUGGUCUGCAUUCAGCAGUUGACUGUGACUGGAUACUUCAUUUCGUUGUCUUUAUGACAUCCAGCAAGAUCACUCUGGCUGGUCUAAAAGCUCAUCUCAAAGUGUAGCGGCUUCUUUAAGAUGCUGUAUUUAAUUACAAAAUGGGUUUGUUGUUGACAACAUUUCCUCAGCAUGCAUAGGGCAAACAGGGCUUCACUCCACAAGGAAACAAUUUAUGGCUGUUUAUAAACCUCAGGGUUAACUUAGUGCACGCAGCCAGUAGUUUCCACAUCAGGAUUAAUUGUGCACAGUGAGCCAUAUUUGCUUUUCAGCUCACAGGUGCCCAAGAUUUAUUGAUUCAAGAUGUACCUGAGGCUGACUGUAAUUCUUGGUGCUGUGAUGAUGCUGCUUCAUAUCAUUGGCAUAACAGUGGGGCAAGCCAUUGGGGAUGACAUUGUCACACAGUACGGUCAGAUCGGAGCAAGUGUCACACUCACCUGCGGCAACAUAGAUAACGGAGCGGUUGAAUGGCAGCUGAAUGACUCAAAAAUCAUUCAGACCAGCAAUGUGGAACUAACAAGAACAAAACUCACUCUUUUCAACAUCGAUGUGUCCCAAGAAGGUCAAUACAGAUGUCGCAAUCUGGAGUCAGGCAAAACUUACAGAACAAUCUCAUUGAUGUUAGGCUAUCCACCAGGAAAGCCUCGGGUCACCUGUCGAUCAGUGAGAUAUCCUCUGAAUGUGGUCUGCUUGUGGAAGCUGGAAAAUCAAACCUACCUUCCCACACGGUUGAAUGUCUUAUACAGGUAUGGAGCUGAAGAUGUCAAUCAAUGCUCAGCUGAAGAGGUAUUGCAGGGCAACUGCACAAUCGAGGGAAUUAAACUCUUUUCAAAGAUUCCCUACACAGUGAAGGUGACAGCAACAAACCCUCUAGGAUCCAGAUCGACUAUUACACAAUUUAUUGUGGAGAAGAUAAUCAAGCCAGAUCCACCAACAAAAGUCAGUGUUUCUCCGAUACCCAACCAACCAAAGAAAUUAUUGUUGCAAUGGAAGCCACCCGCCACGUGGCCCGAUCCAAGUCUGUUUCUGUUGAAGUACAGGAUAAUGUACUGGCCUGAGGGAUCAACCAGAUAUCAGAUGAUUGAGAUCAACGAUCAAGCUAGUUAUAUCCUGAGUGGCCUGCGAUCCAAAGCUUUAUACUUUGCAAAAAUCGCAGCAAAGGAUUUUGUUGACAAUGGCAUGUACAGCGAUUGGAGUCCGACUGUUUCUGCACGCCUGUGGUCAAACUGAGAGGAGAAACUGUCUGUGCACUGAUGUUUCUGAAGUUAAAACCAGUAACAGUGUGCAGACGCAAACACAAUAAUUCUCAUGAACUUCCAUCAAAAGAGCAGGAACAAGGAUAAAACACCUCACUGAAAUAGAAUUAAACACUGCACAUAUCCCUUAUGCUUUUAGUGUGUCUUUUCACUGCAAAUCUUUUCCUAAGCUGUGCAAAAUGUAUUAAUAUGUUAUUUUCAAUAUAUUAGUGCAGUAAUUAUGUUAUUGGAUCAGUAACCAGGUUUAGAAUAAUAGUUGGAAAAAUAUAUUUGAAGCACAGCAGCUGGGAGAUUUAAGUUUAGUAAAUGAGUAAAUCUGGAAUAAAAAGCUUGUAUCAAUAAUGACAGCAUUACCAGAUUGUUACAAAAAUUUGUCUGAUUCACUAUUAACCUUUAGGGAAAGAAAUCCCCAGUCUGACUUACAUGAGACUCCAUAUCCACAGCAAUGUGGUUUCCUCUUGGCUACUCGCUGAAAUAUCGCAGCCAGCUAUUUGACUGUAUCAAGUCUCUACAUCAGCAUUGAAUAAAUUUGAACCAAAUAGACUACCAGACAUUGAUCUAUGCACCAAAAGGGUACAAAGGCCAGUUGACUUUGUAAUGUCCUCGUCACUGAGAUGUGGGAAUUUUUGCCAAAACUGGAGGAGCUGUCCCCCAGACAAGUGAAGUGACACUCUGACAAAGUUGUGCUGAUCAAAACAUAUCUUGCAGCCAAUUUCCCAUCACCUCAAUUAGCAUGCCUCAAAAUGACUCAUUUCGCCUACUGGAUAAAUUCUCCCGAUGUGACCAGAAGAAAUGUGAAUGGGAGUAUGCCAUUUGCCCCUUUGAGCCUCUUUAACUAUUCAAUAGGAUCAUUGAUGAUGUGACAUUCCUUGUGUCCACUUUCCUGCCUUUUCCUCACAACCCUUGAUUCCCGUACUGAUCAGUAAUCUAUCUACCUCAUCCUUAAAUUUACACAAGGGCUCUGCCCCGACAGUUCUCUGUGGCAAAGAGUUCCAAAGACUCUUAACCCUCUGAGAGAAGACAUUCCUCCUCAACUCAAUCUUAAAGUAGUGGCUCUUUAUUCUGAGACUGUGCCCCAUGGCCCUAGACUCUCCCGUGAGGGGAAGCAGCUUCUCAGCAUUUACCUUGUAAGGCCCCUUAAGAAUCCUAUAUGUUUCAAUUAGAUCAUCUCUCAUUUUUACUUCUAAACUCUAAUGAGUAAAGUCCAAUCAGUUUAUCCUUUGAUCAUAAGACAAUCUAUCAGGAUCAGAUCAUUCUAGCAAACCUUCUCUGAACUGCCUCCAGUGAAAUGUUACCUUUCCUUAGAUAACAGGACCAAAGCAGUUCACAGUAUUCCAGAUGUGGUCUCACUAGCACCUUGUACAGUUGCAGUAAGACUUUCCUACUCUUAUACUCCUACCUACUUGAAAUAAGGGCUGACAUUCCAUUAGCCUUCCUGAUUACCUGCUGCAUCUAUGUUUCAUGCACAAAUAUCCCCAAGUCGCUCUGUGUUGCAACUUUCUGCAAUUUUCUCCAUUUAAAUAAUAUUCUGUUUUUUUUGUUCCCUUCCAAAAUGAACAAUGUCACGUUUUCCCACAUUAUACUCCAAUUCCACGCAUAUAAGUUUUGCCUAUGUAACCUAUUGAUAUCUCGCUGUAGAUUCUUUGUAUCCCUCUCGCAAUUUUCCUUUCUGCCUAAUUUUGUGUCACCUUCAAAUUUAGCUACAAUACAUUUGAUUCUUUCUUCCAAGGCAUUGAUAUAUGUUCUAAACAAUUAUGGUCCUAGCAGUGAUCAUGACAGGACACACUGGAAACAGUGAUACAAUGAGUCAUUCGACCGUGACUCCAAAUAACACAUAGUUCAAGGCAUGAUGGGCAAAGAAACCUAACUCUAACCCACCUCUCUUCGAUGAUUAAUCAGUACUACUUCAUGUUGAGCAGCAUUUGGAAGAGGUAUAAAGGGUAAUAAAGGACAAAGUAAACUCUGGUGCAGGAAACUCUAAUAUCAAUCACCAAGAGUGGCUCAAUGACACUGCUGGCUCUGUUGGCCAAAAGAAAUGAAUUGAAUCUGUUUCAGGUAGUGAAAAAGCUUGUACGGGGGAAAGGUUACUUUACCUGGUUCUCACCAGUCUACCUAUCUCAGUACUGGCAGGAGCGACUGCUGCAUGGAGCCCAUGUGAGUAGUCUGCAUUGUGUUGUAUGACAGCACAACUAUGCUGUUUGCCUUUCUAAUUAAUAGAUGUUCCUGUGUAUUUACUAUCUAUGAUUCAUGUAUGAGAAUCCCUCUGGAUAUCCACAUCUACUUGUCUCUCAAAUGUUAGAAACUACUUUGCUUCUGUAUCCAGCUGAGCAAAUUGGUUAUGUAGUGAUUGGAACUGGGUGGAUCUUAUUGACUAUGAGAUAGCUGAUUGGGGUUAUUAACCUGGGCCAAUCAGGAAGCCUUGGCUGACCAAUAUGAACAGGGGACCAGUUCAGGAGAUUGACUCUGAGCUAGCUCACCACAGCCAGUGUACUGUGCACAAGUAAAUAAAGGGUGACUU